AUGGAGGAAUUCUCGAGCGACACCCUUUCUCUGCUGCAGCCGGUGGCACUUCCUCCUGCCGCAUCUCACAGCUCCACCAUCUCUCGAGGAGCAUCUCCCAUAUACCCGCAAUACACCAUGUCGGCAGAACAAGUCAAGCAGGAGGAGCAGGUGCCUGCUGCUUCCACCUCGGCAGCACCCGAAGCCUCCUCCACCGCUCCCACCACCGAAAUGACCGUCGAUGAGGCCAAGGAGGAAGCCCUUCGUCAGGUCGAAUUCUACUUCCACGACUCCAACCUUCCCUACGACAAGUUCCUCUUCACUUUGACCCGCAAGGACCCGGAAGGAUGGGUUCCCAUCGCCACCAUUGCCUCGUUCAAGCGUAUGCGUGCCAUCAAGGAGCUUCUUGGUCUCGACGGCAUCGCUACCGUUCUUCGAGGAUCCAAGGAGCUCCUCGAUGUCAGCGAAGACGGUGCUAACGUCCGUCGACGAAAGGAGCUCGUGCCCGUCAAGGACGCCUUCGACCGAUCCGUCUACGCCAAAGGGUUUGGCUCUGAGACCGAAACCCUGCAGAAGGAGCUCGAGACGUUCUUCAACACCUUUGGCAAGAUCAACAGCGUCCGCAUGCGACGUGACAUGGAAUCGUCCGAAAAGCCAAAGCCCUUCAAGGGGUCCGUGUUCGUCGAGUUUGCAGACAUGGGGGACCGAAACAAGUUCCUCGCCCAAGCAGCAGCCGCCGAGCCCGAACAGGACGGUGGUAAAGGCAUCACCUUCCAAGACACCCAGCUCGUAGCCAUGAGCAAGGACGCUUACGUCAAGAUGAAGAUGGAGGAGAAGGGCAUCGACCCCAGCAGCAACAAGGUCCACCGUGGCAACGAUGCGUCGCACAAGAAGUUCAACGCUUUUAAGGAGAUGAACCGACAGCAGCGGGAUGGAUCGCGUCCCAACAGGGCAGAAGACAACAAGCCCAAGCGAUCCGAUCCAUUGGAGUUCGAAUACAACGGCAAGCCUCUGACCACCCGUGCCGAUGGCACUGUUGACCCGGACGCCGUCGAGUUCCCCGCCAACUCGGUGCUCAAGUUCACCGGCGCCGGCGAAGGCGGCAACUGGAAAGAUCUCAAAGACACCCUCAUUACUGUUCACCCAACCUCGUUCGUCGAAUUCCCCACCGGCGCCGUCGAAGGUGCCGUCGGCUUCAAAGAGUCCCUCUCCGACGACAAACUCGCCGAGAUCAAGGGCAAGAACAUCACCGUCGGUGGAAACGUGGUCGAAUUUUCCCGCGUCGACGAGGAGACCGCCAAGAAGUUCUACAUCGAACGCGCCAACUUCCGCGCAUCGUUCAUGCUCGAUCGACGCGAGGCCGAUUCGCAGCGCAACGGCGGUCAGCGUGGAAAUGGAAGCUACAGCCGUGGCGGUCGUGGUGGUCGUGGUGGUCGUGGUGGCAAGUUCGGCAGGGGCGGCGGUCGAGGUGGUUUCGGCAGAGGUGGUGGAGACAAGAGGAAGCGAGAAGACGGCGGUCGUGACGACGGCGCACCACCUUCCAUCGGAAAGAAGGCCAGGUCGGAAGAGUAA